GAGAAGUUUAACAUAAACCAUUUUAAAAUGUACUGUAUGCACAUGUAAGUACACAUUUAGUUCUACUAUCAUGAUUGUAAAUAAAAUGUUUCGAAAUUCAGCUUCAUACAUAUUGCUUUGAAAAUCAUACGCUUCAACUCUCCAGGGUGUUAUAUAACUAAAAUAAUGGCAGCAUUUAGUCAGUUUAAAUAUUCAGCAUCAUUUAUCAUUUUGUUUUCUGCAUUAUUCUUUAUGAGCUUUUCCUAUCAUAACUAUUGCUAAUAGAAGGUUUUAACUUUGCUAAGGAUUUUUACUGCAACUACAAAACUCAGAAACAUCUAGUAAUUAGUGGAAUGUAUACAAAAAAGUUCACCUAAUUAUGAAACUGCCAGCAAUGAAAAGACGACCACAUAAUCUACAUUAAUAACAGCGACGGCGAAACAAUUAGUGGUACAAGUAAUAAAUUGUAGUUUCGGUGGCUUUUUCUCGUCCACGCCUCAUUUGUCAUACCUGCUUUAAGAAAUACUACGCUUUGUAAUUAAUACAUGGCUUCCUAUAGUAGCAAUGUUUUUGGGAGAUGUUAUGAGUGAUGUGUGAUUGCAGGAAGGUGAGGCUGGUGCUGCCCCUGCGGAAGGGGCACCUGCUGAAGGGGCACCACCGGCGGAAGGGGCACCACCGGCGGAAGGGGCGCCGGCACCUGCAGAAGGGGCGCCGCCCGCGGAAGGUGCGCCUGCAGCGCCGCCUGCGGAAGGAGCCCCUGCAGCGCCACCAGCAGAUGGAGCUGCUCCAGCGGCGCCUGCAGAAGGAGCACCUGCGGCAGCACCAGCAGCGCCUGCGGAAGGUGCACCAGCUCCCGCCCCACCAGCAGAAGGCGCCCCAGCACCCGCGCCUGCGCCAGCGCCGGCAGCGGACGCCGCUGCAGCCCCCGCUCCCGCACCUGCAGCAGAACCAGCGCCCGCCCCAGCACCUGCGCCGGCGCCGGAGGCACCCGCUGCUGCACCCCCACCAGUCGAAGCGUCCGCCUAAAGAGUGAAGGAGAUGGAGUCUACAAAGGAGUCAUAUUAUUUAAAUUGUUACAUCACAAACAAAUUACAUACAAUAGCGUUAUCCCGGCUAUAUGCCUGGGCCCGCUUAUAUACAUCCACCAUUUAUACAAAUACAAUAUAAAAAACAUAUACAAUAAAAUAAAAAUAUUAAUUACUUUAAUUUCAAUCUCAAUAUUACACGCACUACACAACGUCUUUGUUAUUUUUAUACUAUUACGUCACUAUUGUGUAGAUAAGUUUUGUAUAUUAUAUACGUAAAAUAAAGGGAACGAUGAAGAAUUA